UCACGAUCAUGAGAUUUUAUGAUUAUUUCAUUUACAUAUUUUAUUGAUUUACUAAAAUUUAUCGUUUUUUCAUUAAAUUUAAAUCGAUGCGAAUUUUUAACAGUGAAUAAUGUCGUUAAAUUCGUACUAUUUAAAAAAAAAUUUAAAUAAUGAAAGCGAAGUGAAGCUAUUUAUAAGAGACAUUUAAACCACAUGGUAAUGGCAUCAUUCUUUCUGAGUAACAUUUUACCCGGCUUUACACGACGUUUCUUAGCCAUUUCAAAUUUCAACGUAUAAAAUACUGAAAUGGCACCUAUGUCAGUUUUUGUGGGAGGUUUAGGUAAUGACACACAGAAAGAAGAUCUCGAAAGAGAAUUUAGUAAAUUUGGUAAUUUAACUAAAGUUUGGGUUGCUCGCAAUCCUCCUGGUUUUGCUUUCAUUGAUUUUGAAAAUGAUGAUGAUGCAAAUGAAGCUAUUAAAGAGAUGAAUGGAGCUACAAUUAAUGGUAUGGAAAUAAGAGUUGAUGUAUCAAAGAACAAGGGUGGUGGACGAAGAGGUGGUGGAUUCGGAGGUGGUCGAGAUCGAGGUUUCUCCCGCGGUGGUCGUGGAGGUUUUGGAGGAGAUGGUGGAUUUAGGAGAGGUGGAAGAGGCGGAGGAUUCCGAGGUGGACGUGGCGGUAGCGGAGGUGGUUCCAGAUAUGGCGGCGGUGGAGGAGGAAAUGAUUAUGGCUCUGGUGGCUACCGCAGCAGAUCUCCUAUGGGUCGACGAAAUGAGAGCUGGUAAUUCUUUUCAAGAAAAAGGAAAAGCUCCAUUCCGAGGAUUCUCUUUCUACAGUGGCAACAUAACAGCUGGGUUAUUCAGAAUUUUUUCACAGACUUCAAAUGCAUUGUAGUACUUUUUUAUAUGUUCAUUUACAAACAACUUACAACCUUUCAUUGUAACAUAACAUUCUUCCAUUUUGUUCAAUUUAGUUUUAUUUGCCAUAAUAAAAUCUAAACCUCCUACAAAUUA